AUGGCGCCCAAGGCCGCCGCUCAGGGGCUGCGCGAGGCAGUGGAGGGGCAGACACUGCAGCCAGGAGCUCCGGAGCCCCUAGAACGCCCGGCCUGUGGCCCUGCCCGGCCCCGCCCACCACCGGGUCCCACCACCCCGCUGGAGGCCCUGGCUUUCCGGAGGCCUCCGGGGCUCCUGGUGCCUAGGAGAGCCCGUUCCAAACGGAGGGCCGAGAGGGAGACCAAAGCCAAGAUGGAGAAGAUCGUGGAGAUCCGGGACCUCACCACGCAGAUCACGAACAUCAAGAGCGAGAUCUCCAAAUUUGAAGAUGCGCUGCGGUGCUGCAAACUCUACAAGGAAUUCCUGCACAAGCUGUCGCCCCCAGAGUGGCUGGAGGAGCAGGAGAGGAGGCAGCAGGCUCUCAAAAAGGCCAAGGACGUGGUGGCGGUCCCCAAGCCCAGCUCGUCCAUAAUAGAGGACAGAGGGAUAGGACCAAGAAGCAAGAGCAAGACUCCUCCCCUGUGGUCCAAAGGUACGUGGGUGGGCAGCGCUGGAGGGGCCCCGCAGCCCAGCACAGGGCGCGUGCAAGCCCCUGCCUGCUUGGGCAGAGUCUCAGGCGUCAAGAAGUCUGUCAAGCUCGUGCGGCUGGAGCCAGCUGUGUCCAGCAGCACCAGUUUCCAGCAGAGCAUCCAUCCCAGUCAGCACAGCGAUAUCAAAGUGUCCAGCUCCACCCAGCCAUUGCAGGAGAACACCGACAGCGACGUGGAGGACAUGCAGCUGUACUUCACCGAGCCGCAGCAGCUCCUGGACGUCUUCACCAAGCUGGAGGAGCAGAACCUGUCUCUGAUCCAGAACACGCAGGAGAUGGAGGAGACCCUGGAAGAGCUGAACCUCACCCUGAAAACCACGGCAGAUCCGCAUGUAGGUUCCGACAGGGAGGUCAAGCAGCUCAAGCAGUGGAUCGCCACGAAGACGAUGUCCAUUACCAAGGAGGAGGACAUGGCCGCGGAGCUGGAGCUCAGAGUCCGCGUCUUCCACUUUGGGGAGUAUAGGGGAGAUCAGCAGGACAAGCUGCUGGACAGCCUGAACCACAAGGUGCUGGACGUGUACCGGAACUGCGUGGGCACGCAGCAGGAGGCCAGCCUGGGCACGGUGCAGAUGCUCACGGUGGUGGAGCACCUGCUGGGUGAGCUGCUGGAGAACCUGGAGCGCGUGCCGCCCAGCAAGAUCGAGCAGGCCGAGAAGAUGAAGGAGAGGGAGCGCCGCCUGAGGCUGCGGGAGGAGAAGGCCAGGCUGCAGAGGAUGCUGCAGGAGGAGCGGCUGCAGCGGGCCCUGGCCCGGGCCCAGGCCCAGAUCAAGAAGAAGAGGGGCCGGAAGCUGGUGUGCCGCUCGCAGCCGCCGGUGGAGCGGGUGAAGGAGGAGUCGGAGGACUCGCAGCAGGACAAGGACAAGGAGGAGCAGCUGUUCUUCUUCACUUAGCGCGGGGGCCCGCACGGGCGCGG